ACAGCAGUUUCCACAGUUAUUGGUGGUGGGCCUAGCCUUUUACUAAAGAGUAAGACUGCAAAGCAGCAGUUUCCACAGUUAUUGGUGGUGGACCCAGUUUUUUACUAAAAAGUAAGACUGCAAUGCAGCAGUUUCCACAGUUAUUGGCAGUGGUCGUAGCCUUUUACUAAAAAGAGUAAGACUGCAAGGCAGCAGCUGUCCUUUUUGUCCGCCAUUUAAGACACGCAGGACCCAUGGUGGUAGUAUUCUUACACCCCUACCACAGGGUAGAUUUAUUUCUUCAUUUAUUAGUGUUGUUAUUUUAACUCAAAUGUAUAAUUUGUUGAACUUUCUUUAAUAUUCACACCAAAAUUCUAAUGACCAGUGUGGUCGUGCGAUUAUGAGGUAAAGAAUUAAAUGUAUAUAUUGUUUUCUGGUGCUCUCAAAAUUACCUGAUAUCUAACCACCCCCUCCCCCCAAAAAAAGAAAUGUCUGUCCUCUUUUGUAAUGAGACUAAACAUUUCCACAUUUUCUUUCACUUCGGGUCUGACCUUCAAAGAAAAGACACCAUCAUCUCUUAUCUCUAGUGAUAUAUUAUAAACUAAUAAUAAUCGUGACAGUGCAAUGUAAGAGAGAGAGAGAGAGAGAGAGAGAGAGAGAGAGAGAGAGAGAGAGGAGAGAGAGAGAGAGAGAGAGAGAUUGCUCCCCUUAUCUACAGCUUAACGAGUUCCGGGAAAAGAUAAUAAACUUCUGUUUGGGGAAUUUUCGUCGUAUUGGGCCAUGACUCCAAACUAGUUCCUCCCUGCCAUUGAUUCGACCAAUCGGAGACUGGCUUCUGUCGUCGCAUAUAAACAGUGACAGGGUGGCUGGGCUUCUCAUUGGGCGUUCAACUGCAUUUUGAAUUGUUUGGUGGUGGUUCCUGGUGCACAAGCAAUAUCUUCUUCUUGAGUUGCCGAGCGGAACUAUUAGGCAUACUGCAAACAGUGAAUAUAUAUUAUCAGACAGAAAAAAAGAAACGAUGAACUACAACAUCGCCUUGUUCCGCGAAGCUCUCGCCAACGACAGCUGCUUCGUGAUGAGGCAGGCCUUCGUCACCCUGUACCGAGGAGGCAGCCUUCGGCCGGACGUUUACUUCCGGCAGAACGCGACCCUCCAACAGAAGUAUGUCUUGACGUUCACGAACGAGCAGCGUCAGACGAUCGAGUCGAGCGCGAGCAACCCUUACGCUUACGACGUCGAAACGGGAGCGGACUUUUACGAUCUGCCCAUCCUCUGGCGUCUCGUGGAACACGCCUGCGGCCUGCCGCCCUCCGACGUCAUACUGACGAAGGUUCUGGAGAUCAAGAGCCUGGGGAACAGCGUCCUGAGCCGCCAUCGUGACGGCGACGAUCCCAUCACGCGCGGAGAGCUCUGCCAGAAACUCGACGAGCUCUUGGAGCUGUACGUCACGAUUCUGGAGAGGGUCGAGUUCCACGCCACCCGCUACCUGUCCUUCGAGAAGACCGAAAUCGAGAGGAGAAUUCUGGAGAAGAAGGCGAGGUCACAGAGCGCGCCUUCGGUCGACACGCUCCACGCUUCGUCCCUUUUCGAUUCGAGACCGGCCCAGGAAUCUUGGGGGCCACCGCCGAAAACUCCUCCCUCUUCUUCGUCCAGUGGGGCAUACGCCGUGCCCCUAAAUAGCAGAACCGCUAGCGCUAAAAAAUCCGUCCCACUAAUCCCAAACAUAGGAAAAGCAGCUUUGGGCGUCACUACUUCUGUAGGAAAAGCAGCUUUCGAUGUCACUUCUUCAGUAGGAAAAGCAGCUUUCGACGUCACUACCACAGUAGGGAAAGUAGCUUUCGGUGUCACGAACACCAGUGCCAGAAUAGCGGUUCGUGGGGCUGGAGCUGUGGCAGAUGUCGUUACGCAGGAAGUGACGCCAUCCGGACCAAAUAAAAAUGAGAAAACGGACGAAGACUGUGUUUUGAUGUAGUUUAAACGAGAUUAAAGUGGAUAGAUAUGGCCAAUACUUGCGUACUGUGCAGAGGAUAGGUCGUUGCUAAGGUUAAUCUCGUAGAUACGACAAUGUAGAUUUAUACCUUGUUUACAUCCUCAUUGGCACUGUUCUUUGAGGUAUUCAACUGAUAUGUUAUAUGUCAGUAAUGGCCUUUUUUUUUAUCUUUUGAACAAUUGGUAAAACUUACAGCAUAUCCAAUCAGCUUCAUUUUCAUUUCCUGAAACAGUGACCAUAUAACAUACAGCUUUAAUCCCAUAGCUAAUAAACGUUUUUAUGCAAGAUCUAUAUUGACAACCUUGGUCUUUUGAAACAAUGCAUUGCGUGUUUUCUCAGCAGAUAUAUUCUUAGUUUGUCUUGUGUGAAGUAAAAGGAUUGUGAAUGAACAUCUAAAUAUACUCUAUAGGAACCGCCAUGUUCAGAUGACAUCUAUACAUACUCUAUAGGAACUGUUGUGUUCAGAUAACAUCUUUAUAUACUCUAUAAGAACUGCUAUGUUCAGAUGACGACUACAUAUACUCUAUAGGAAUUGCUGUGUUCAGAUGAUGUCUAUAUAUACUCUAUAGGAACUGCUAUGUUUAGAUGACAUCUAUACAUACUCUAUAGGAACUGCUGUGUUCAAAUAACAUCUUUAUAUACUCUAUAAGAACUGCUAUGUUCAGAUGACAUCUAUACAUACUCUAUAGGAACUGCUAUGAUCAGAUGAUGUCUAUAUAUAUUCUAUAGGAACUUCUGUGUUCAGAUGACACCUAAAUAUACUCUUCAGGAAUGGAAGGCUGAAAAGAACUUAAAAGGACCGUGAGGUAGUUUGUUGAUAUGAUAAGACUGAGGUGGGUGGAGGAGGGAAGAAGAGGGCUUAGGUUGGACCUGAUUGGGGUAGGGGUAGAAGGUCAAGUGGGAGAAGAAGAGUUUUAUGGGAUAAUGACGAUAACCAGACGAGAAGUAGAAGUAACAAUUAAUAUGCUAAGGAAUAAAGCGUCAAGGUCCGAAUCUUUCAACCCUACAGAAUGAUAUUAGAACCUUGACUUUAGGCCUAUGUGGAUCUUUUGCAGAAUGAAGAUGCUAUUGCUGUGUUGAAUAUUAUUUUAUAUUUCUUGGAUUUUAGAAUAACAUUGGCACUGGUUUGCUCUCAAGAAUUCCAGCGAACAUUUAAUAUAGCAAACACCACUGGCAGCGUCAACGAAGGGAUAUCGAGCGAGUUGCAAGCAAAGUGUUUUGCAGCAUACAACGUUACGCGCGCAUUAAAAUCAACUGGAUUAUCAAA